AUUAUAUAGGCACUCUAGUCUCUGCAGCUCCAUGACUCCAUCUGCUGGACUGAUAGUAGAAGUGCAGCAGCUGAUCUUUUCCAGGAGGAUCUGAGUGGAUCAAUGAUGUUUGUUUCCUGUGCAGGUGAAGGUAGAAAGUGUGUGUGAGCUGCUGUGAGUUGAACAUCAUGGAUGAGUGUGAGGACAGAGAGGAGGGAGUCCCUCCCUUUAAAAGCUCUCUGUGUGGGGAACAGGAGAACCAGAGCAAAGCUAAGAGGAAUCCACCUGGACCCGGACCCGGACCUGGACCUGGACCUGCAUCCAGCUGUGUGUCCUUCAGGAGUGACCAGUCUAAGGAGUUUUAUAUUGAUUUUAAAGGAGAACAAGGUCCUGCUGCUAGUUUGAUAGCAGACUGGCUCCUGAUCAAACAGAACAAAUGUUUUGAAGAAAUGAUGCUAACAUGAACACCAUCAACAGAGACAUUAAAAACAGAACCAGGUGGAUCACAGCAAGAACUCUGAGUUCACUAAAAUAUUAAGAAAUAGUUUGACUGGAUAAAACUCCAGCCCUGGAGCAGGAACGUUGAACCCCUAUAAACAGUCCUGAAAGAAGUUCUACAGGGACGGUUCCUGUGGUCAGAACAAAGAUUGAUGAUGAGCCAAAAUGAAGAGAAAGUUGUUGCAGUGGAAAACAGACUAAUGUUGGAAUCUCUGAUGAACAUUAUGGACCUUCAGCUGGUGUUUGUCUCUGUGUGAUAAAGUGAGAGUUAACUGUUGAUGUUGAUCCACAGAGUGGAGCAGCAGAACUCAGAGUUUCCCAGAGCUCAGUCUGUCCAGCAGCAUCACCUGGACUCCAUAUUCAUGCUGCUGGAGAACAACAUGGUGACUUUUGUGAAGAAGGAGCUGAAGAAGAUGCAGAAGGUUGUGAGUCCAGGUUACCCAGAAUGCUCAGAGAGUCAGAGGGAGGGUGAUGAUGAAGAUGAAAGGAACAGCAGAGAGAUGCUUGAGCAGAUCACAGUGUUGUUCCUGAGGAGGAUGAAGCAGGAGAAGCUGGCUGACCGUCUGCAGAGCAAACUUGCUGCUGCAGUUUGUGGACGUGAACUUAAAUGUGGUCUGAAGAAGAAGUUCCAGAGAGUGUUUGAGGGCAUCGCCAAAGCAGGACAGCCGACCCUCCUGAAUGAGAUCUACACAGAGCUGUACAUCACAGAGGGAGGGACUGCAGAGGUCAAUGAUGAACAUGAGGUCAGACAGAUUGAAGCAGCAUCCAGGAAACCAGACAGAGCAGAAAGAAGCAUCAGACUAGAAGACAUCUUUAGAGGCUCACCUGGAAGAGAUGGACCAAUCAGAACAGUGAUGACAAAGGGAGUGACUGGCAUCGGGAAAACAGUGUUAACACAGAAGUUGACUCUGGACUGGGCUGAAGACAAGAGCAACCAGGACAUCCACUUCAUGUUUCCAUUCACCUUCAGAGAGCUGAAUGUGCUGAAAGAGAGAAAGUUCAGUUUGGUGGAACUUGUUCAUCACUUCUUCAGUGAAACCAAAGCAGCAGGAAUGUGCAGCUUUGAAGACUUCCAGGUUGUGUUGAUCUUUGACGGUCUGGAUGAGUGUCGUCUUCCUCUGGACUUCCACAACAACGAGGUCCUGACUGAUGUUAGAGAGUCCACCUCAGUGGAUGUGCUGCUGACAAACCUGAUCAGGGGGAAUCUGCUUCCCUCUGCUCACCUCUGGAUAACCACACGACCUGCAGCAGCCAAUCAGAUCCCUCCUGACUGUGUGGACAUGGUGACAGAGGUCAGAGGGUUCAACGACUCACAGAAGGAGGAGUACUUCAGGAAGAGAUCCAGAGAUGAGGAGCAGGCCAGCAGCAUCAUCUCCCACAUGAAGAAGUCACGAAGCCUCCACAUCAUGUGCCACAUCCCAGUGUUCUGCUGGAUCACUGCUACAGUUCUGGAGGAGCUGCUGAGAACCAGAGAGGGAGGAGAUCUGCCCAGAACCCUGACUGAGAUGUUCAUCCACCACCUGGUGGUUCAGACCAAAGUCAAGGAGGUCAAGUAUGACUGGAGUCCAGACAGCAGGAGGAUGAUUGAGUCUCUGGGAAAACUGGCUUUUGAGCAGCUGCAGAAAGGAAACCUGAUCUUCUAUGAGUCCGACCUGACAGAGUGUGGCAUCGAUCUGGAAGCAGCCUCAGUGUACUCAGGAGUGUUCACACAGAUCUUUAAAGAGGAGAGAGGGCUGGACCAGGACAAGGUGUUCUGCUUUGUCCAUCUGAUCGUUCAGGAGUUUCUGGCUGCUCUUCAUGUCCAUCAGACCUUCAUCAAGUCUGGAAUCAACCUGCUGGAAGAACAACAACAAACAACAUCCUGGUGGUCUGAACUGUUCCAGAGUAAAUCAGCACGUUUCUACCAGAGAGCUGUGGACGAGGCCUUGCAGAGUCCAAAUGGACACCUGGACUUGUUCCUGCGCUUCCUCCUGGGUCUGUCACUGCCGGCCAAUCAGAAUCUCCUACAAGGCCUGCUGACACAGACAGGAAGUCUCUCACAGACCAAUCAGGAAACAGUGGAGUACAUCAAGGAGAAGAUCAGUGAGAAUGUGUCUGCAGAGAGAAGCAUCAAUCUGUUCCACUGUCUGAAUGAACUGAAGGAUGUUUCUCUAGUGGAAGAGAUCCAACAGUCCCUGAGAUCAGGACAUCUUUCCACAGAUGAACUGUCUCCUGCUCAUUGGUCAGCUCUGGGCUUCAUCUUACUGUCAUCAGAAGAAGAUCUGGACGUGUUUGACCUGAAGAAAUACUCUGCUUCAGAGGAGGCUCUUCUGAGGCUGCUGCCAGUGGUCAAAGCCUCCAACAAAGUUCUACUGAGUGACUGUAAUCUGUCAAAGAGAAGCUGUGGAGCUCUGUCCUCAGUCCUCAGCUCCCAGUCCUCCAGUGUGACAGAGCUGGACCUGAGUAACAACAACCUGCAGGAUUCAGGAGUGGAGAGUCUUUCUGCUGGACUGAAAAGUCCACACUGUAAACUGGAAGCUCUCAGACUUAAUAACUGUAAUCUGUCAGAGAGAAGCUGUGGAGCUCUGUCCUCAGUCCUCAGCUCCCAGUCCUCCAGUGUGACAGAGCUGGACCUGAGUAACAACAACCUGCAGGAUUCAGGAGUGGCGAGUCUUUCUGCUGGACUGAAGAGUCCACACUGUAAACUGGAAGCUCUCAGGCUGUCAGGCUGUCUGGUCACAGAGGAAGGCUGUGAUUCUCUGGCCUCAGCUCUGAGCUUCAACCCCUCAAAUCUGAGAGAGCUGGACCUGAGCUACAACCAUCCAGGAGACUCAGGAGAGAAGAUGCUGAGAGCUAAAGUGGAGGAUCCACACUGUAGACUGGAAACUCUCAGGGUGACGCCUGCUGGAGUCCGAUGGUUGACACCAGGUCUGAGGAAGUAUUCCUGUCAACUCACAGUCGACACAAACACAGUAAACAGAGAACUCAUACUGUCUGACAACAACAGGAAGGUGACAUUUGUGGAGGAGGAUCAGUGGUAUCCUUAUCAUCCAGACAGGUUUGACUGGUGGCCUCAGCUGCUGUGUAGAACUGGUCUGACUGGUCGCUGUUACUGGGAGGUGGAGUGGAAAGGAAUGGUUCUAAUAUCAGUGAGUUACAGAGGAAUCAGAAGGAAAGGAGACAGUGAUGACUGUCUGUUUGGAUUUAAUGAUCAGUCCUGGAGUCUGUUCUGCUCUGAUUUUCAUGGUUACUCUGUCAGACACAAUAACAGUGAAACAUCCAUCAGGUCCUCCUCAGUCUCUCACAGAGUUUCAGUUUAUGUGGACGUUGAUGCUGGAACUCUGUCCUUCUACAGAGUCUCCUCUGACUCUCUGAUCCACCUCCACACCUUCAACACCACAUUCACUCAACCUCUCUAUCCUGGAUUUGGCUUCGGCUUUGGCUUCGGCUUCUUGUCAUUUCGUUCCUCAGUGUUUCUGUGCUGAGUUCAGACUCCAGAGUCUCCUCCUGUUAGAGAAACAGUGUUGAACAGAUAGUUCAGUCUCUACAUGACUCUGUCACUCAGAAACAUGUUUUCAGAUUACAGACUUUCAAGGACACACUAUACAAUGAGAUUAUUGAACAACAAACUACUGUCAGCUUUUAGUAAGAUACUAUAAUUCACUUCAACAUAUCUGUAGUAAAAAUCUUCCAGCAUUCUGACCUUUUCAAAUGUGUUGAUGUGAAAAACGGAAUCUGCUUUGACAUUUUGAACACAUAAUACUGAGUUGUUUCUUUUGAAGACGUUGUGUAUCCACUAAUGGUGGUCAGAGAAAAAGACUUUGUCUUUCUGAGAAGAUGUUUUGCAUCUAAUGGAACCUGUUUGUCUUCAUAAAAAUGAAAUGUUACUUACAUUGUAUAAAGAUGUGCAAAUAAACUUUGUAAAACUAUAACUGAUCAAUGGAUUGAACUCCAGAGUUUUCUAUUUAGUACAAAAAUCUGUUGUACUUGCGCUUUUUCUUUGAGAAUCUGGAUAAUUUUCCACUAAAUAAAAAAUAAACUGAUCAACCACCAGCAACUAGUUUCUUCCACACACUAAGAAUGAUGAAAAAACUAUGUAAGAAUGGUAUGAUAAUGAGCUAUAAUAUGGAAAGCUAAUUACAGACCUGUCUGCUGUGGUAAUGAAGCUGAUGUGUGUUGAAUGUCAGACUGCUGGACUGCAAGUGGCUGUUUUCUUGCAACAACGGAACUUGGGCUGAUGCUUAUGUUUUCCGCUGUUUACAAUUCCCAUGUAAAUAUUGUUGCAUGAUAUUGUGUGCCAACUGCAGUUUUGUGCUUUGUAUUGUUGUACCUGCUGUUAGGAUGACCAUGGUAGAUGGUCACCCUCUGAGCCCGGUCUCCCUCAGGCUUUCUUCCUACAACCUAAAAUGAGGUAGGGAGUUUUUCCUUACCACUGUUGCUAUUGUGCUUGCUCAGAGGGUAUGUGCAAUGGUAAACCUUAGCAUUGUGAAGAGCCUUCAGACGACUCUUGUGAUUUAUGCCAUAUAAACUCAUGGAACUAAUGUGAUGAUAUUCAUUUAUGUUGUUUGUUUAGUAGGGUAAGAGGGGUAGACGUAGAAAUAAAAAGCUUUUGCUUCUGCCUACACCCUUUCGGUUGUAUAUAGAUUUAAUGUAUGGUUUUGUCUUGUUUUUUUUGUUCUUGAUUCCUUAAAGAACCGAAUAAAUUUCUUUCUUUC